AUCGAACAGGAGAUAAAGAAAGGUAUUGAAGCUGCUAUGUCAGACAAAAUGGAGUCGCUGAUAGAUAAGAAAAUGGCAACUACAAAUGAAUCUAUCGAAACAUCUGUCCAAGACAAACUUAAAGAUAUAGGAGUAACGUACGUCAGGUGGGCUAGGAAAAGUUGUCCUAAUGCUACUGAACUGGUUUACACAGGAAAAGCCGGAGGAAAUCAUCCAGAGCACAAAGGUGGUGGAUCAAACUACAUUUGCCUUCCAAACGAUUCUGACAAUGGACAAUUUCAACCACAUGACACUCACGUUUUAUUUGGUGUGGAAUACCAGACAUUUUAUAACUCGAAGUUACAUGGAUGGUUAAAUAGUUUAGGAGACAAAUAGUUUCCUUGCGCAGUUUGUCAUAGAAAGAAAUCGACUGUUCUAAUGAUUCCUUGUAACUUUCUACAAUAAUUUACAUGAUCAGUGUAGAUCUUAAUAUUGGCAUUGUUUUAACACUUUAAAACCUAUCCGGUACAUUAUUAUUUUAAUAUUCUAAAUACUUUAUAUCGU